CACAACAAAAUACAUCUCCUUUCACUCCACUCCUCUCAAAUUCAUCAUCACACUUUAAGAUUACUCUCUCUAGGGUUCCGGAUUCUAAAAGCUUCUUCUCCUUUCUCUUUUUCCAAUAAUGAGAAAGUUUCCUUGAUUCGAAUAUUGGAUUCGGAUCGGAUUUACUUUUUCACCUGAUAAUAUAAUAAUAAUUCGUUUUUUCUUAAUUUUGUUUAAAAAAAUUAUUGGAUGAUGGUGAAAUCAAGUUACUUUAAUGAUGGUUGCCGAUCUGUGUUUCUGGAUGUCUCAGAUGCUUUGAAUAUUUGAAACUGAGACCCAAGCCGGUUGCUUUAGAUGUUAUGCAACAGCUUUCUGAGGUCUGUGAGUCUUCGAGCAGGUUACAUCUGGAGAGGAUUGAAUGCACCGCAGUGCUUAACUUAUUUGUUGGAUUUCAAAUCUACAAUAACAAGAAAGAUGAUGGUGGAUUCUGGAGCAAACGCUAAGGGGGGACCUGUUAUUGAUAUUUUAUCUGAGAAGGAUGAAGAUGGAGGAUAUGCUAGCGGAGGAUGGAAGAGUGAAGAUGGAAGAUUGAGCUGUGGAUAUUCCAGUUUCAGAGGAAAGAGAGCGACUAUGGAGGAUUUUUAUGACAUUAAGACUUCAAAGGUUGAUGGACUAACAGUCUGUCUCUUUGGAAUAUUUGACGGUCAUGGUGGUUCACGUGCAGCUGAGUAUUUAAAGGAACAUCUCUUUGAGAGUCUCAUGAAACAUCAAGAAUUUAUUGUGAACACCAAAUUGGCAAUAAGUGAAACAUAUCAGCAGACCGACAGAGAUUUUUUGGAGUCUGAAAAAGAUACUUUCCGGGAUGAUGGUUCAACAGCUUCAACUGCAGUUCUAGUUGGCAAUCACCUAUAUGUUGCUAAUGUUGGAGAUUCGCGGACUAUAAUAUCAAAGGCUGGCAAAGCAAUUCCACUCUCAGAGGAUCACAAACCAAACAGAAGUGACGAGCGCAAGAGAAUUGAAAAUGCUGGAGGUGUUGUAAUGUGGGCUGGCACUUGGAGGGUUGGAGGUGUCUUGGCCAUGUCCCGUGCUUUUGGAAAUCGCAUGCUGAAGCAGUUUGUCGUGGCUGAACCUGAGAUUCAGGAACAAGAGAUUGACCAAGAGCUUGAACUGCUUGUGCUUGCAAGCGACGGACUUUGGGAUGUUGUGCCCAAUGAGGAUGCUAUCUCACUUGCACAAAUAGAAGACGAACCUGAAGCAGCAGCACGGAAGUUGACAGAAACUGCAUUCACACGUGGUAGUGCUGACAAUAUUACCUGCAUUGUUGUGAAGUUUCACCACAACAAAACAGAAUGCAAGGAAACCGAGCAAUAUUUCAAAUCAAACACUGAGGAAACCGAGCAAACUUUCAAAUCAAGCACUGAGGAAACCCUGCAAACUUCCAAAUCAAUCUCUGAGGAAACCCAGCAAACCUCUAAAGGAAGCACUGGGGAAACCACAAAAGAUUGCAAGUCAAAUCCUGUGGAAUCCCAACAAAGUUGAUGAAUUUGUUGCCAUUGUAUUUGCAGUUUAUCUAGGUGCAAAUAUGCUGUUGAUCACAUUGAAGGGGACGAUAAUUUGUUCAUUCAAUUGUUUUUUUCUUUGUAAUUUGCCUUGCAUGUUUAAAUUUCAGUGCAUCAUACUCAUAAAGACAUCAUCUGGAUAAAUUUUAAGGGUGCUCUAAUUUUA